GGCAGGAGGUUACUCCAUCGCGUUUCCAGCGGCAGGUGGUCACCGCAGCUUGUGAAUGGGAUUAUGAGCGCAGAGCCUUCAGAGCACCUGGUUUUAAUGGACGGCGUAGAAUAACUUGUUUGAAAUUGAUCAACUCUCUUUUUCUUUUUGACGCAGAAAGUACAUUUAGUUAAUUAGCUUUUUGGCAGUUUUUUUUGACGGGUUGCGCGUCUCCGCGUGCGUAAUGCUCUCUGUGUAGAGCCUGUUGAUACUUGUUUUUUGUUGUAGUUGUUUUUAAAGCUGAAUGCUGUUGCAUUGUAAAUAUGGCAUUCGCUAAAUUCAGCAAAAUACUCCGUCUGCCUACUCUUGAGAUCAAAAAGAAAGUCAAGCAGUAUGAGCACGUUCACCGGGACAUCAAUCCAAACGAUUUAUGGGAAAUUAUUGGCGAGCUGGGCGACGGCGCGUUUGGAAAAGUCUACAAGGCCAAGAACAAGGAGACGGGAGCUCUGGCCGCAGCCAAAGUGAUCGAGACAAAAUGUGAGGAGGAGCUGGAGGACUACAUCGUGGAGAUCGACAUCCUGGCUAAAUGUGACCAUCGCUACAUUGUCAAACUUCUUGAUGCUUUUUACCACGACAACAAACUAUGGAUCAUGAUCGAGUUCUGCCCCGGCGGUGCUGUGGAUGCCACAAUGCUAGAGUUGGAUCGUGGGCUGACGGAGCCGCAGAUUAAGGUGGUUUGUCGCCAGAUGCUGGAAGCUCUAGCCUACCUCCACAGCAUGAAGAUCAUCCACAGGGACCUGAAGGCCGGCAACAUCCUCCUCAUGCUGGAUGGGGACAUCAAACUGGCUGAUUUUGGCGUAUCUGCGAAGAACACCAAAACCUUGCAAAGAAGAGAUUCUUUCAUUGGAACGCCAUACUGGAUGGCCCCGGAGGUGGUAAUGUGUGAGACGAUGAAGGACGCGCCGUACGACUACAAGGCUGAUAUCUGGUCUCUGGGAAUCACUCUGAUCGAGCUCGCCCAGAUUGAACCCCCGCACCAUGAGCUGAACCCUAUGAGGGUGCUGUUGAAGAUCGCCAAGGCGGAGCCUCCCACCCUGGAGCAGCCGUACAAAUGGUCACAGGAGUUUAAAGAUUUCCUGAAGAAAUCUUUGGACAAAAACCCCGAGACUCGUCCGACCGUAGCACAACUCACCGAGCACCCUUUUGUGAGAUCGGUGACGUCUAACCGCCCGCUGCGGGAGCUGGUGGCCGAGGCCAAAGCUGAAGUCAUGGAGGAAAUAGAGGACAAUAGGGAGGAAGGCGAGGAGGACGACGCCAUGGAGCUCACUGUGUCUCCAGCAAAGGAACCAUGCCAGACCAGUCAAACCAGUAUGGAAGGAGACCAGUCUCUGGACACCCCGAGCACCACCACACCCUCCCCAACCACACCCCUCCCAACCACACCAAUACCUCUACCCAGGAAAGGGGCUGAGCCAGGUACACCUACAGAGGAGCAGCCAGGCAUCGCCAUGAUGGUCCCCGUUCCCCUACCACGACAGAACCUCCUUCAAAAAGAUCUGGAGGAGUUGGGCGACAAACUGGCCGACGAAGUCAUUCUCGAGUCUGAGAAAUCUGAAAGCGAGGCGUCAACCAAGACCUCCAGCUCCGAUUCUGGCAUUGAGGAUGGAAAAAGUACCCCCACAUCGGAGGAAAAGGUUGUUGUGGAGACCCCAGAGACAGAACAGCCGCCAUCUCUCAUCCAGCCCGAAGCAUCUGAGGAACAUGUUGACAUCAUUAUAGACUCAACGGACCCAGAGGUGCCCAAGAUCCAGGUGACCGAGGCGGAGAGCAACGGUUUGGCUAACGGCGGCUUUCCAACGCCGAGCCCAAGUCCAACAGAUACUCCUACGCCCACUCCCUCUCACUCUCCUGCUCUCACCCCGUUGUCUACACCCCGUUCUGAGCCCAACGCCGAGGCUGUCUCACCUUAUAUCAAUGGAGGGAUUCUCAACAAACGAUACUCUUAUUCAGGCAGCAUGGCAUCAGAGAGCAUGGACAUGUCCAUCCCCAAGGGGACCUCGAUGUCUGCAAGGGACUUUUCGAGUAAGACUCUAAAGCGAACCAGGAAGUUUGUUAUUGACGGCGUGGAGGUGAGCGUGACCACCUCCACGAUCAUCAAGGAUGAUGAGAAGAAAGAUGAGGAAAUGAGAUUCCUGAGGCGUCAGGAGCUACGUGAGCUCCGUUUGCUGCAGAAGGAAGAGCACCGCGCUCAGUCUGGUCUAAACGCCAAACUGGAAAUACAGAGAGACCAAAUGCAGAGACGUUUUGACCAGGAGAUGAAUGCCAAGAAGAAGCACUACGAUGUAGAGCUGGAGAAUCUGGAGAAGCACCAGAAGCAGACUAUUGAGAAGAUGGAGGGAGAUCACCAUGUUAAACUCAAGGAAGAGACCAAACGCAUCAAAGCGGAGCAGGAACGCGACCUCAACAAGUUCCAGGAUCAGCUAAAACACAAGAAAAAGGAGGUUAAACACUCUGUCGAUAAGCUGCCCAGGAGUCAGCGUAAAGAAUCCUUGAAGCAGAGGAUGAAUUCCUUCCAAGAACUUAAGAUAAAAGACGAAGAUAAAUUCUUGGCAGCUCAGAAGAACCACCUGGACACCACGCUGAACAGAAUCAUCACCAGCAACAAACGAGAGAUUGCAGAGAUGGAGAGGGAUUGCCUCAGCAAAAAACAGCGGCUCAUCAGAGACCAUGAAGCUACGAUCUGGGAAAUGGAGGAGAAGAACCUUUACGAGAGACACCAGUUAAUGAAGCAGCAGCUGAAGGACCAGUACUUCCUCCAGAGGCAUCAGCUUCUCAAAAAACACGAGAAGGAGCAGGAACAGAUGCAGUGCUACAAUCAGCGAAUGAUUGAGAUUCUGAAAGGUCGGCAGCAGCAGGAGAAGAACCGGCUGCCUAAGAUCCAGCGCGGCGAGGCCAAGACCCGCAUGGCCAUGUUCAAGAAGAGCCUCCGCAUCAACUCAACGGGCAGCUCCUCAGAGGACAGAGAGAAGAUCAAACAGUUUUCUCAGCAGGAGGAUAGGCGGCAGAAGGCGGAGAGGCUGCAUCAGCAGCAGAAACACGAGAACCAGAUGAGAGAGAUGAUCGGCGAGUGUGACAGCAACAUCCGAGAGCUGCAGCAGCUACAGAAUGAAAAAUGUCACCUGUUGAUUGAGAAUGAGACUCAAAGGCUCAAGUAUUUGGAUGAGCAACAUAACCUGCUGCUGAAGGACUGGAGGGAUCAGCUGAAACCCAGAAAGAAGUUCCUUGAAGAGGAGCUCAACACGAAGAAAAGGGAGCAGGAGGCUUUCUUCAGGAUGGGUCAGAGUUCCGAUUGCCCAAACCCAAGUUCUCCCAAUAAAGUCACCAAGUUUAUGCCUUACCAAGACUCUUCCACCACAUAAAAACAACCGCUGUGACGUUGCACGAUAUCUCCUGGCCACCAACACACCCGUACACACACAGGCGCUUUAAUAGCCUGCUGCCUCAGUUUUAAUUUGCCUUGUCUGUAAUGGCAGCAUACCUAUCCCUCCAUUAGGUUCCUUUAAUGUUUUAGUAAAUAUUUAUGUUUUAACUAAUGUUCCAAGUUGAUUUCCUUUUUUUUUUUUUUAUAGAAAAUGCUCUUCAUGUGCUUCACAUGACUCGAUUACAUAGCAUCUGCUCCCUUACAGUGAUUUAAUUUCUGUUCAAGUCCGCUUCUUAUCGCUCACCAGUGAAACAUGAGGGUACUGUAAUAUGAUUUUGGCCGUGAGCUGAAGAUGCCAAACUUAUUAUCAGUCUUAAUGAGUAAAUAUUGAAAAAAAGCUAUUUGUUUGGGAGGAAUUUAUUUUUGCGUAAUGAAGGAAGACCGUUUGUUUUUUAGGAAAACUGGUGAGCCAGUACGUAAGCACUUUUUGCUAAAUGAUCAGUGCAGUCUUCCAAAUAUCAUGACCAAAGACAAACCCAAAAUCUAUUCAUUUACGGACUUUUUUGUUUUAAUUUCUGUAUGCCUUGCUCAUUGACCUGUAAGUCAGAUGCCUGUCAUAUAGCAGCUAAAGUCUGCUUUUAUUUAUUUUCACAAACACCUUAUCAAGCGUUAUCACUGUAAAUGCUAAUUUAAAUAUUUUCUCUUUUUUAACACCCUUGAUAUGAAGCAUGUGCUUGAUGCUUAUUCUUUUGUGUCUUGUUUGAAAUGGGGGAUGAGGCUCAAUCCUUAUCAGAACUUAAUGUUUCUUUUAAAUGAUUACUUAGAACGAGGUUUUAACAGACGAGGAAAGACCAUUAUUACUUUUGUUUGUUUGUACUGUUGUAUUUUUACUGUAUAUUCAGUCACACUGGAUGGGAAGUGAACUGACCAAGCCAAAGCAAAAAUACUGUUGUUAAAUGGAGGACAUUAAAUGGGGGAUUUAAAUUUUGAAUAACAAAAAAAAAAAUUGUAUUAAGUGUAUAAUUGUUAUACCGUGUGCAGUAAAUGCACUGCCUGCUAACCAAAGUGCAAUAUUACAUGUAUGUCUUUGCUAAGCUUAAAGAGGUUUAUUUUUCUUAAAUUUUGCACUGAGAGGGGGAAUAAUAUGAAGUUUAACUCCAAAAAUAGAUGUAACAACCUUUUGAAAGAAACAGCAUUGCUAAGAUAUUAUUCAAUCUUCAGAAUCAUUAGUAAUUAGGAAGCAAAUCAUUGAAUUUUUCACAUUUUGGAACAUAACUCUUCAUAUCAUUUUUAAGGGAGUGCAACAAUUCAGCCUGCUGUGAAAUGCCUCUCGAUGUUUAAUCUUAAACUAAAGCCUACAGUUUUCAGCUGAGGUAGUUGUUGCCUUGUUUAAUGAGAGAAAGUGUUGUUUGUUUUGUUUUAUUUUAUUUUUUUAAAGCAAUUUGGCCUGCAGAUUUAGAUUGAACCAGGUCAGCCAUCAGGUACAGCUUAAUCUCUCUCCCCCUCUCACACAUUCGCUCAAAAGUAUUUAAAUUUGUUGUAAAAAUUACAUUUUCUGUCAUGUUUAGUGGCUCCAUGUAUGCCUUCCUCUCUGCCUCAGUUUACAUGAUAUUAUUUGUAUGGAGGGGUUGUGGGUGUGAAUGAAACUGUAUCAGAAGGAACCACUGUUGUAAAUAACUCUUAAUAAAAAGGCAGAUUUUCUUAAAA